CAUCGUGCUGACUUGACUGAACUUGUGGUGGCGCAUUCCAAUUUCCAGUUCCAUCAUGGCUGAUCCUCCGAUGGCGUUUGUGUUUGGGACAACUUAUUACUAUUAGAUUCGUAUUACAUUGUGUAAUGGCAAAUGUUGAUAAGCUGGCAAGGGCCUUCGAUGCGUUGAAAACACAUCAGCAAGGAGGCACCAGCGACGAAAGUGGCCUACGGAAAAAAGAUGGCACUCUCAAUAAGAAAGAAAGAAUAUCUCACUGUUCUACCAUUGCUGAUGGAAUUUGCUCUUCAUCAUUCAGCAGAGCUGUGGCUGAUUUUCCAAAGUUUUUGGGUAUUGCCAUGGAGCUGUUUUUUGCUGCCUGUGAUGAUGAAGAUUCUGAUGUUAGAUUGAAGGCUGAUGAGUGUUUGAACAAGUGUAUUAAGGUAUCCAUGGAUGGUAACUUAGGGCGUGUGCAAUUGGAGCUGUACAAAGAAAUCAAAAAGAAUGGGCCAUCCCGUUGCCUUCGUGCUGCCUUGUGGCGAUUUGCAUCCUUAGCACAUCUUAUUCGACCACAGAAAUGUCGCCCCUAUGUCAUCAAUCUACUUCCAUGUAUUCCAAAGAUCUCCAGACGACAGGAUGAUGCAAUACAGGAGUCACUCACCAACUUCAUGCAAAAGGUCCUGCCAAUUUUGGGCUCCUUCCUUACUGAUACAGAAGUCAAGAACCUGACGAAGGUAUUUUAUCCAAAUGUGAAACAUCCUUCAGCGGCCACUCGACGUACAGCAGCUAGUUGCCUUACACUCGUUUGUUAUCAUGGGCGCAAACCGGCUGUAUAUUUCUCGAUGCUUGUCAAGACAUUACUCAUGUUUGUCAUCCCAGUGAAGGAAGAUCGUAACAUUCAGAUGCUUCUUGGAGUUCUCUUGUGCUUCAGACAUGUCAUACCCCACCUUGCUUCUCACAAGGUCAAAGAACUUGGCUUAAAAGGCAGUUUUGGUGUCACAAAAAAAGAAGAGGAAGGAGGAGUCACUUCAGAGCAACUGCAACAGAUUUAUGAGUUCCUCCUCAACUGUACCCAACACACUGAUCAUAAUGUUGUUACAGCUACUCUAGAGACCUUGCAACAAUUGCUGCGAACCACUCCUCCACCAUUACUUAAGAUUUUGCUAUGUAAAGGUGGCAUUACUGUAACAACCAUAUUUGAAGAGGAGACAGGAAAAGCACCAGAGGAUACCGAUGAUUCUGCUGUGGGAAGUCAAGCUCCAAGCCUUUUUGGUGAUUCUGGUCUUGAUGAAGAAUCUGAUUCACUAAGUUUAGCUACCAGUACUGCUGAUAUGCCGUCUUCAACAAGCACAUCUGAUACAGGCAUAGACUCUGAAUCAACCAUCAGUAUGCUUGCUAACUUAGCCAAUGUUCCUCUUCUACCUGAAGAAACAGGUAACCUGGAACCUCUCAUUGAUGAGUCUGAGGUCCUACUGAAUGAUAACCAAGGUGAAUACUCUAAUGUUGACAUUGGUGACAUUGAAGAAGAUUCUGUCAUUCAGGAUACCAUGUCAUAUCUAGGAGACCAAAUGAGACAGAUGUUAGUUGACAGGUUGGACGUAGAGGUUGGACUGGAUGCAAGGAGAUUGGCUAGUUCUGAUUUAUUGAAGGCAGACGAGAUGGAUUUUCAAGAUGAUACAAGUAGAGAAGACUCAUCAGUCAAAAGCUCACCAACUACAGAAGUCAAGAUAAAACAAGGAGAUAUUGGUCACUACACUGAUGAUGACUAUCCCGUUACUCACUGUGUCCGACUCCUAAGCUCAACAUACCUUCUGACAGGAUAUAGUGGGGGCGUUAUGCCAGAUAGACAUGUGAGGAUUAGUGUCAAGGCUCUUGCAUUGAGUUGUGUAGGACUUAUGGUUGGCAUGCAUCCUAGAAUCUUCUUUGCAAAGCUCUUCAACUCAGAUGCUUCAGAAACUGCAGAAGAAGAUCAGUUGAUUCGUGAUAUCUUACUGUACAUGAGUCAUAAUGACCAUCAACUUCGUGGCCAAACUACACUGAUAAUUGGAAACCUGAUCAGAGCAUCACUUGUUGAAUCUGCCUAUGACUUCACCAGGUGGUGCUGGGACACAUGCCAAGAUUACUUAUUUACAGAUCCAAUGAGUUUAGACUACUUAGUCUCCUUACUGUCAACAUCACUUAAAGAUGAAUCAUCUGUCACAUUGAGGAGUGCUUGCCAAGCCAUCAAGCUUUGCCUGUUGGAUCUCUGCAAGAGUCGCCAUGGCAUCCUUGGUCUUCAGUUGACCCAUGACCUUUUGGAACUCAAGAAGUGUUCCUAUUGGCUUGUACAAGUUGAACUACUUGAUCUCCUUAGUGGAAUAAACUUUAAACUGAUGCAGUUUUUGGAGAACAAACAAAGACAGUCAACGCACCACAGUUAUUUAACCAAGCUGAACAGUGCUCAAGAUUCUGUCCUGAAUGAUAUAGUACUGAAGUUCCUUGGCAGUCAUGAUGUACGUGUCAGGCAUGCAGCAGCUGAAGCAAUUGUAAAGAUGGUUCCUAAGCUGUUCUACCCUGUGGACUAUCCCCACCAGGAUCCAUUGUCAGCAUUAGCCAAAGACCAAAUUUCUAAGUAUGUUGAUCCAGUGAUAGGAGAUGCAGUGCAGUAUUCUCAGGCUCAAACGACUGCUAUGAGUGAAAUUGUUAUCUUCAAGAGUGGUCCAGAGGGUGGAAGAGCCACUAUUGAUUCUGCAUUGUCAAGAGUUGUUGACGUAAUAGUCAAGGCUAUGAAUGCUUGUUCCUCAAAAUACAUCAAGUUUGGAUGUUGCCAUGCCUUGUGUCAGCUGUCUAUGACGUAUUCAGUCAUAGCCCAUCCGAGUGCCUGGAAUUGCGCAAUGUGUCAAUCGCCACUGGUGAAGGAUAAUUCUGUCAAAUCUUCUGGUCGGCACAGAACUGCUGCAGGAAGCUUUGGAAGUCAAGGUGUUCCUGCUGGUCUUGAAGAGCUGUGUAAUGGUUCUGGGUGUGGUCCUCUCCCUUUGAUCCUUUCCAACUUGACAUCAUCUCUGUUAUUGCUUGACCUCACUGCUCAUCAAGAUGCCCUUCAUCUGGCAGGCAACAUUCUCAUUGGGAUUGCCUAUCAUUCUCUGAAGGUUAUCACCCCUACCAAGCCGUCAGCCACAACCCAGUCAACUUCUGCUGAGGAGGAGAGUUGGGCUUGCCUUCAAAAUAGACUGCUAGUACCUCUAGCUGCACAAUUAAUGCAGCAUGUGGCAAGAGUGCUUUGUAUUUGUGCACAUGUAAUUGAAGGAACACAGCCAGGCCCACCAAAAUCUCAGACGACACUCCCCUCAUUACCUGCCGGCCCUUCACUAAGUCCCAUUAAAAGGAGAGCUAAAGGAAAAGACAAGGACACCAUGGACCAAGGAAGUAUGUCACCAAACACACAAGCAAAAUUACAAGCAGACAAGGCUGAAACUGCAGAGGAAAAGAAGAGUCCUAAAUCAACCUAUGGUGCCUUCUAUCAGCUACCUCAUUAUAUGAAACUGUACGAGGUUAUGAAGUCAGCAUAUAACAACUACAAGGUGACUCUCGAUCUGUGUCGAGCUGACAAGUUUGCUGGUCUGUUGAAGACAAGUUUGGAUAGUUUCUCACAGUUGCUGGAGAUAGCAACCAUGAAUGAAGUUGGCAAGUAUACAGAGGAACUUCUAAGCUAUUUAAAAGCAUGCUUCACCAUUGAACCUACAUCGACUGUCUUAUGUGUAGAACAGCUACUGAAAGCUCUGUUCUUCACUAACAUGGCUAGCUCCGCAGAGAUUCCAUCUUCCAACUUCCCAAACAAACCAGGCAAAGCAUUUCGUUUGACAUCAAAUAUGAAGCCUGGUAUCUACCAUGAUUGCUUUGUCACACCCUUGACCCAGUAUAACCAGUCACUAAACCAGCUUGGACCAAAGAUGCGUGCUAAUCCUGAGGCUGAAGGAGGAAGUGCUGGGUUGUUUGGUUGGGUGAAGUCAAAGAUUGACAAGAAAAGCUUGAUGGGAAGGGUCAGCAAUAAAGAGAAGACCUCAGUGCACUCAUAUAUCCGCCUGUUUGAACCGCUAGUCAUUCGAGCUCUGAAGCAGUACACCAUAACAAGCAGCAUCCCCCUACAACAACAAGUCUUGCAUUUGUUAGCGCAGCUUGUACAGUUGAGAGUCAACUACUGCUUGCUGGACUCGGACCAGAUCUUCAUUGGCUUUGUUGUGAAACAGUUUGAAUAUGUUGAGGAAGGCCAUGUCAAGGACUAUGAUACCCUUAUACCUCACAUCUUCCAUUUCUUGGUGCUACUAUCCUAUGAGCGUUAUCACAGCAAAGCAGUCAUUGCAAUGCCUAAGAUUAUACAACUCUGUGAUGGUAUUAUGGCAAGUGGACAGCAGGCAACCACACAUGCUGUACCUGCAUUGAAGCCACUGGUUCAUGACUUGUAUGUUCUACGUGGCUCUAGUAAAUCUGACUCGGCAAGAGAGCUAGACACUCAGAGAGAAGUAGUUGAAUCUAUGCUGCAGAGACUCAUUCACUUCCAUCAGGCAUUAGAGAUGUUCAUUCCUGUCCUGUUGCAAGCUCAUCGAGAUAGUGAAGACAAAUGGAAAAGACUGUCACGACAAGUUGUGGACAUGAUCUUACCUCUGUUAGCAAGGCAACAGAUUAAUUUGGAUUGUCAGGAAGCCCUGGACACUUUGCAUCACCUGUUUGGAGUUGUUGCUCCCAGUGCUCUUAGACCUGUGGAUAUAUUGCUCAAGUCGUUGUUACUUGUCCCUUACGAAACAAACCAUCCUACCCUGAAGCAACGCUGGUUGGGUAUGGCCCUGGCAAUUCUGAAUGUUCUUAUCUCCCAGUCUAAGGAAGAAACUAUCCUGUCUAGGUUAAGAGAGCUUGGUCUAACAACAGACCUGUUUGUCUGUCCACUGGAAGAUGAAAGAAGCCGAGAAGAAGACAUUGUCAACGCAAAUGUUUUACCUGCAGAAGAUGUCCUUGCAAGAUUUUUAAUGCAAGUAAUAGGACUUACCAUCAGCAGAGGCAUCCAGAACCUAGCAGGAUCAAUGCAAGAAAGUCAGAACGGGGCCUUCAUCUACCAGGAACUCUCACACCUAUUGCUGUACAUAACACACAUGUUCAAAUCAGGUGCUUUCAGGAAAGUUGCCGUGGCAAUGACAAGCAUGAUUCGGAACUCAACUCCAAGUUGUUGGUUUACACUAGAUCAGCUCAAUCAUGCCUUUAUCAAGCUUAGUGUUUCUCAUCCUAUACUUGUACUUCAGUGGUGUCAGAUUCUUCUUCUUCUGAACUACAGUGAUCAGGACUUCUGGUCUGUCAUCUUACAAACCCCCAAGAGACAACCGUUGUCCAAGUCCCUGUCAAGUGGUAGCCUUGAUAAUCUGGAGACAAAUUUGGAUCAGACUAAAGGAUGUCCAGAAGAGAUAAUUAAGCGAGGAGGUUUGAUACUGUACUGUGACUACGUGUGUGAGAAUCAAGCUGAUGCCGAGCCAUUAACAUGGCUGGUUGUAAAUCACAUCAAUGAAAUCAUACAACUUUUCCAUGAACCACCAGUCCAAGAUGUUAUCAGUGCAAUUCAUCGUAACUCUGCUGCCAGUGGUUUGUUUCUACGUGCAGUCAAUUUGCGCUUUACUCACCUGUCGGACCCGUGUUUGGUCAAACUAACCCUUCAGUGUCUCCAGGGAAUCCACCUUUCUCAGUCAGGUGUCCUCUUGACGAUACUGAUUGAGCGGUUUUUGAAUACGCAUCAACUAGCUGUUGCUCGUCUGUGUGACUCCAUUGCAUGUAGGAGAGUUGAGAUGUUGCUGGCAGGUGGACUUGAUGACUCCACAACACAGCUAUCUGCAGAACAACUGGAAAAACUGGACGAUUUCAUGAAUGCAAACAAACUGACACAGAGACAUCCAAGAUUGGCUUCUCUUCUGACUCGUUUCAAGACGGUCAUUCUACAUCAAGACACCACCCAGUCCCCAUCAUCCAACAUACAACAUACUGACAUUGCUUCCAUUACUCCUAAUAAGGAGUGGUUCUUGUCUGUAGUACAGCAGGGAUGUUUUGGACAAACAACCGCAUCUGCCAGGGAAUGCUCACUUCUUCUUGCUCAUCUUCCUCUUGAAGAUAUAAUAGCAACCAUGAUGACUGAGGACUUCAGCUUUCCUUUGCUAGAAGACUGCAUCCUUGUGGGCUUACAGCGGACUAGAUUACUUCAUCUUCCAAGCCAUAUAUCAUCACAGACCAUUGCACCUAACAGUGUUGAAGCCAGCAGCAAGCACAAACCUCAGGAUGCCAUGCUUGAAGCUGCCUGCACCACUCUCUUGAGUCAUAUCCACAAUAUUAUUGCCAUGAUGCCUGCUGAACAUACAAUUCUAAGAAUUGACUCAAGGCUUGACUCUGAAAUGACACACAAAAGUCACAUGAUGUCCUUGAUACAGAAUGUAGAGUGGAGGGCAAGAAUUUUCGAGUUAGCAUCAGCGCUGGUCAAGUACUUGACAGCUAUGAAAUUGCUAGCAAUACCUGUACCUCCUGAGUCACUAAACGAGAUUGCAAGACUGGCUGUAACAUGUGUUGAGGUAACAUGCUGGUCAUUGACAGAGGGGUCAGAUUUAGCAUCUUCGUUGAUUGUGACAGCACUGGAAUGUGUGGGAGUUACCCUACAAAAUCAACACAUCUUUGCUGUGAUUGGUUUAGCAGAUAACAUGACAUGGGCAUGCUCUACCAUUAGCUGUCUUCAUCAGAUUGUGAAAAAGAUGAAUCCACACAGAAAGUGCUUUUCUUCAUGGGAUAUGACACCAGAGCAGAAAAGCUUACUUAGAGAACAUCGGACAAUAGAGACAGCCUGCCAGCAGAUCACAGAACUCCUCUUCUGUCUUCAUUACACCCCAACCACUGAUGAACACAACACAGUUUGCCAACUUCCACAGUUCCUAAAGAAGCCACUUGGAAACGUGGUAGUCAGUAUGGCCAGGUUACCAUUGGUCAAUAGUUAUGCAAGGACUCCUCCUUAUGCAUACAAGUUGGGUUGGGUGCCUAGCCCAAAGGAGGGGUCAGUAGAGAUACCCCCAUUGCCCAUGGAAUAUUUGAAAGAGAAAGAAGUUCUGAAAGAAUUUGUUGUCAGAGCAAACACUAUUGGAUGGACCUCAAGGCAACAGUUUGAAGAAACAUGGGCAGGACUGUUGGGCGUCUUCACUGCUCCUGUAAUACCCGAAGAAAUAGCUAUAGAGGAGGACAUUGAACAUAGCCAAUCUAUAUGUCUUGCUGUUCGCACCAUAUCCUCCCUCCUCGUGGACAGCUUACUUACCCCUCAGCCAGGUAAUCCCACCAAUAGUACCUAUCAACAUAUACCUCGACAUGGCCAUCGUCACUUGCCAUUUCUUGAGACAUCACUUGGAAGGAAGCUGCUUGCUUUGAGAUGGGUGGUAGAAAAGGAAGUGGAUGCGAUGGCAUCAAACAAGAUCGAUACAUCAGCAUCGAGACCCAUCAGUGAGUUGGAUAACAUGGUAGAUCUCUUUAUGGAUAAUUUGGAACAGCAGCCAGACCAUACUCAGUUUGAUUUAGCGAGGAUAUCCGUGCACGGCAUUUGGGCCAUCAACAACAUGCUUCCACCUCUGACAGAUGAAGAUCCUGAAAUCUUAGAUGAGAACACACAAGCUCCCAAGCCACUCAGAUCAUCUCCAGUCCGAAUUCCAGGAAACCUUGAUGUUCAUUCGUGUCUGAUGUUCCUAGAAGGAUUGUACGGGCAAUGGCUUUCCCCAACCACUGUUCCACGAACACCACUUAUGCUCAUUUGUGAAACAGUCAAAUCAAUCCUAGUGAUCUCUGAUGUAUUCACUCAACGAGCUCAGUAUGAGUGGAUGUUUGACACCCUGUUAGAUGUGAACAAGAAUCAUCCAGUAGAAGAUGAGCUUGUUACUCAGUACGCUGUCCCAGGAAUAUGCAAAGCAGCUGCCGUCUUGGGCCUGGAAAAGGAUGUUGCAGAGAAAGUGAGUAAGCUGCUAGAGGUCACACUACGUAGUACCCAUCUACCAAGCCGUGUUGGUGCAUUGUAUGGUGCCCUUUAUAUCCUGGAGUCAGAUGCAAUUGAAGAUAUCAAUGUCUUUGUUCCUGUUGUGUCUGAUUAUGUGGCCAGGAACUUACACUACAACUCACAUUGCAGUAGUCUUGCCAGUCAGCGUCACACAUUGGUUAUGUUAACAGCAGCUUUCUAUGUGAUUGAAUAUUACUAUGAGUAUAUCAAAGCAACCGAUUUCACCAGGGCCAUUAUGCAGAGCUGCAUAUCCAUGGCAUCCGUAAGUGAUGGAGCCACUUCACCAGCUGUCUACAAGGCUAUCAUGCGAGGAUUUGAGAGACUUUUGAUUUCUGGAGUGUUGUCUGUUCAAGAGAUGGAGGUUCUGACAAAACUCAGUAUGGACAAGUUGUGUAUGCCUUCCCCACUCCAUGCCAUGUCAGCUUUAGGGCUUCUACUCACAAGUAUGUACGUACAGAAACACAAACAAACAAGUGGCAGUAGUGACUGGUCAGAUGACACAUCUAGGUCACAUGACCCCGAGAGUCAGGUGAUGGCUAUGGAAAGAAUUUCAGUGCUGUUUGACAGAAUUCGCAAAGGUUAUCCAUCUGAAGCUCGUGCUGUUGCCCAAAUAUUGCCAGCCUGUGUCAGUGAUUUCUUUUCACCACAAGACGUGAUGAACAAAGUGAUCGGUGAAUUUCUUUCUAAUCAACAGCCACAUCCUCAACUAAUGGCCACUGUUGUUUUCAAGGUAUUUGGAAGUCUGCACAGUCAGGGUCAACCGCAAGGGGUACGUGAUUGGGUUAUGCUGUCACUCUCCAACUUCACUCAGCGUACACCUAUUGCAAUGGCUGUAUGGAGUUUGACAUGUUUCUUCAUCAGUGCAUCAGCCAAUCCAUGGAUCAGAGCUCUCCUUCCUCACAUUGUGGGCCGGAUGGGACGUCUGGAGGCUAUUGAUAAGAAGUACUUCCUGAUUGUCGCCCGUGACUUCUUCCUUAAUCAGGUUACAGAUGAAUCUAGUAAAAGAGCUUUCAUGUCAGUAUUUCAAUCAGCAGCUGCCUCAUCUACCGAUCCAGUCUAUUCACAACUCCUCGGAUGUGUAUGAAAUUCACCAUAUGUUAAAUGAUGAUACAUACAUGGUAAAUCUACAAUUUUUUCUUCAGUAGUAGUUUUAAAUGACUUGUUGCUGGUGAGUAUAUGGAAAUUUUAGUCAGUCUUAAAAGUCCCACAUAAGCAAACAAUCAGCCCAGUUUGUUAAUAAACCUGCUAUCAUCUUAUCUGGUUAUAGAACUUAAUGUUAAUAUUUGCCUGGGGGGUUGCUGUAGCUUGUUUUGGGGGGGUUUGAUUUUGCUGUUACGAUGCACUUGUUAUUAGUUAGCUAUCGCAAAUCUUUUUUAUAAACCCAAAUAAUGCUGAAAAUGUUGCACUUUUUCAAGAAAUAUCUUGCAUUACCAGAGGUAACAAUUGUUGUAUUAUCUUACUUGUUAUUGCUGUGGAUAAUCUUGGCAUAUAAACAUGAGGUAUGUGUUUAUAAAUGUAUAUGAUCAUUUUUUGAAUGGAUCACAAAUUCCUUGAGUAUUGUUUAGACAAGAAUGCUCCCUUGGACAGUUCAAGACUCAUUGUCACUAUGUAAUGCAUGAUACAAAAAACAGGUAAAUUAACUUACUGAGACCGAUGGAAGCUGUAUUGUUAUUUAACAGCUUCAUCAUGUGCAAAUUUAAAAUAUAUGAUUUAAAUAUCAAAUAAAGAAUGUUCUAAGCAUUUUUAUUUGGCAAGUUCUUUUUUAUACGUUCCGUUCUAUUUUGUAUUCCGCACAUUCUAUGGCCAUGAAGCAGUGGUAGGGGUCAUAGUGUAUCACAUUUACCUGUACUACAUUUGCAACCUCUGACCUUUUACUUUGUGUUGCUUUUUAUAUUUUGCUUGAAAAAUCUGUCAGAGGAAGUCAGUUCAUUCCUUUUCUGUGAACUUUUGUGGUGCACCCGGGGAGGGGGGAAGUUGGUUUUAUUUUCCUUAAUAAAAGAUGCAGUAUCCAGCUACAUCUCAAAUUACUAACUCUAACAUAGCCAUAAAUCUAAGUUUUAUGUGACAUAAUGGGCAAGGAUCCUCAACUAUUUUAAUGGGUAAAUUCUGGUCCAAGCCCUCCCCAUCUCCAUGAUAAAUCCAGGGUGCACUCUAUGUACUUUGUAAUGCCAGUGGUGAAUGUAAAUAAUUAAAAGCUUUAAAAAAUCAUAGAAAUUUCAAAAAAAUCUUUAAUUUUGCACCAAUGUAUCAAAAAGUAUCAUAAGUAACUAGAUUUGUGAUAACAGUUGUAAUCUAUGCAUGUAAUUGGCAAAGGAAAACAGAAGGGAAAAUGAGAAGGAUAUCUUCAACUAAAAUAAAACAAAAAAAUGGCACAUGAGGAAACUGAAAUCAGACAUCUCAGAUCCUAGUAAAGUAAUAUACAGUUUUACAAAUGAUUGGCUUCAAUAAACUUUCAGAUCUUGCAUGCUUAAAUCUGCCUUGUCCAAUUUCAGGUAUAGUAAAAAAGAAAAGCUACAUGUACCUGCUUUUUAUCUUGUAACUACAAUAACAUCUGGUUUUUCUUUCAGUGUCUUCAUUCAUACUCAUUGUCUCCCCUCACUUCAUUCCUGCCAACCCCGCUUACUUCCUAUUUGUUCCAAAUUUAAACGAAGCUAAAUAUUUUCAUCUGUAAGACCUAAGUAAAUAUAUUUAGAUUAAGAUGAAGCGUGAAAGUAACAUUUAUUGUUUAGUUUGUAUAUUCACAAUAAAUGUACAUGUCAGUGUUAAUGGUACAGCAUUGUGAAUGGGAUCGUUAAAUGUUAUUACAUGGAUAUCUGGAGCGUUUAAUGGUUUCUUAGAAGUUUGACUCGGAUUGAUCAGUUUAUUUGUUUGCUAUAUGCGUACUGAAAACAAAAGGAAAAUUAAUUAAAUCAUGUUCUUUCCAUAUUUUUGUCAAAUUUGUCAAGGACCUGUAAAUAAUGAUGAACUUUAAUGUAGUGUGUCACUCAAAAUUUAAAUACAGGUUACAUGUAAAGGAAAUGUAAUUAAUUGUAAUAUUUACAUAAUGUUUUAAGCAAUAAAAUUUCAUGACCUACAUGAGCAUUCAA